GCACAUGUGUGGCACUUCAGGGACGGUGAGUCAGGUCCGUGCGUCAAAUAUCUGAAGUUUACACGCAGCUCCACGACGUCAGAUGAGCCUCGGCGGUUUCACAGAUUCUCCUCAAGGCGACAACACAUAGAGACAACAGCGGCAGCGAGUCGCGCACGGCGGAAUAAACUGGUUGUAUGGCACCGCAGUCGUGCGUAAUGAAUCCUGCGCAAGGAUCACCGCGCUCAGCUGUGCCUCCGAGGGACACCGCACCGGAGGAGCGAGCCGCUGGCGGCGUGGGAACCGACGAGCUGGACAUGUCGCCUGUCAGACGAUGUAAAAGCAAAAGUUUAGAGCUGCCCUUCAGUGUGGAGUCCCUCAUGUCAGACAGGCCGCCCGGCCGGGACCACCACUCCCCCGCGCCUGCAGGUUCAGGCUGCGUCCCGGCGGAGGAGACCGAGUGUGCGUCACCGAGGGGACUUCACCGGUCCAAAGCAGAGGCGGUGGAGCCCGGUGACAAGGACACGGGGCCCUGGUUUCAGAGCACUUACGCAUCCCCUCCAAGACUCCCCAGCCCGACCUCCUGCAACCUGCGGAAACACAAGAACAACAGAAAACCCAGGACUCCCUUCACCACCUCGCAGCUGCUGUCUCUGGAGAGGAAGUUCCGUCAGAAACAGUACUUGUCCAUCGCAGAGAGAGCGGAGUUCUCCGGCUCCCUCAGCCUCACAGAGACCCAGGUCAAGAUCUGGUUUCAGAACCGCAGGGCCAAGGCCAAGAGACUCCAGGAGGCCGAGCUGGAGAAGUUCAAGCUGGCCGCGAAGCCGCUGCUGCCGGCCUUCGCGUUCCCUUUCCCCCUGAGCGCCGCACCCAUGGGCGCACCGUCCCUCUACGCGGCCCUGAGCGGACCCAGGCCCGCCCUGCCCGUCCCGGGACUAUUCAGUGGACCGUAUGGGAUGUACUACUUGUCUUAACCCCCACUAACUCUGAGCUGCAUCGUUGGGAGAUCUGCCUUAAAAACAAAGUCCUCCAUACAGCAAAUAACAAACUGCAAAAGAAGUAAAAGAUGACUGAAAA